GAUGGUUCUAACUUCUAAAACCCCCGUCCCCCUCCUCCCUCUUUCUCCCGAUCUCAUACUAAAAGCCCUAGUUUUGUCACUCAUUGAACAUUUGGUCUCCCUACUUCCUCACAACUUAGGGUUUUAGCAACCCAUUACCAUGUAUCUCUACAAUCUCACCCUCCAACAAGCCACCGGCAUCGUAUGUGCCAUCAACGGCAGCUUCUCCGGUGGUAACAAAUCCCAAGAAAUAGUCGUCGCCCGCGGAAAAGUCCUUGAACUCCUGCGCCCCGACGAAAACGGUAAGAUCCAAACUAUUCUCUCCGUUGAUGUUUUUGGUGCUAUUAGAUCCCUAGCUCAGUUUAGGUUAACCGGUGCCCAAAAAGACUACAUCGUUGUCGGCUCCGACUCUGGUCGUAUCGUCAUUCUCGAAUAUAACAAGGAGAAAAAUGUGUUCGACAAAAUUCACCAGGAAACUUUCGGGAAAUCUGGAAGUCGUAGAAUCGUCCCGGGGCAGUAUUUAGCAAUUGACCCGAAAGGUCGAGCUGUUAUGAUUGGUGCUUGUGAAAAGCAAAAGCUCGUUUAUGUUCUUAACAGAGAUACGGCUGCGAGGUUAACUAUUUCUUCUCCAUUAGAGGCACACAAGUCACACACAAUUACUUACUCCAUAGCAGGGGUUGAUUGUGGGUUCGAUAAUCCUAUAUUUGCUGCUAUAGAGUUGGAUUAUUCAGAGGCUGAUCAGGAUUCCACCGGUCAGGCUGCAAACGAGGCUCAAAAACAUCUUACCUUCUAUGAACUAGAUUUGGGGCUUAAUCAUGUUUCAAGGAAAUGGUCUGAGCAAGUUGAUAAUGGUGCUAACAUGCUGGUAACUGUACCUGGUGGUGGUGAUGGUCCAAGUGGUGUCCUUGUUUGUGCUGAAAAUUUCGUCAUCUACAAGAAUCAAGGUCAUCCAGAUGUUCGAGCAGUGAUUCCUAGAAGGGCAGAUCUGCCUGCUGAACGUGGGGUUCUUAUCGUUUCAGCCACUAUGCACAAGCAAAAGUCAAUGUUCUUCUUUCUUCUCCAAACAGAGUAUGGGGAUGUCUUCAAGGUCACACUUGAUCAUGAUAACGAACGAGUUACAGAGUUAAAAAUAAAGUAUUUUGAUACCAUACCUGUCUCAUCUUCAAUGUGUGUCAUGAAACUAGGGUUUCUAUUUGCUGCUUCAGAAUUUGGCAAUCAUGCUUUGUAUCAAUUCCAAGCCAUUGGAGCUGAUCCCGAUGUAGAGUCAUCAUCAGCUACAUUAAUGGAAACCGAUGAAGGAUUCCAACCAGUGUUCUUCAAGCCUAGAGGUCUUAAAAACCUUGUUAGAAUCGACCAAGUUGAAAGCUUAAUGCCCAUUAUGGACAUGAAAGUUGUAAAUCUUUUCGAAGAAGAAACUCCUCAAAUUUUUACCCUUUGUGGUCGGGGCCCACGUUCAUCUCUUAGAAUACUAAGACCAGGGUUAGCCAUCAGUGAAAUGGCUGUGUCACAACUUCCCGGUGUUCCAAGUGCAGUAUGGACUGUCAAGAAGAAUGUGAAUGAUGAAUUUGAUGCUUACAUUGUGGUCUCAUUUGCAAAUGCAACACUUGUUCUUUCUAUUGGUGAAACUGUUGAAGAAGUUAGUGACAGUGGGUUUCUUGAUACAACACCUUCACUUGCUGUUUCAUUAAUAGGUGAUGAUUCUUUAAUGCAAGUACAUCCAAGUGGUAUUAGACAUAUAAGAGAAGAUGGGCGUAUAAACGAAUGGAGAACACCUGGAAAAAGAACUAUUGUGAAAGUUGGAUCAAAUAGACUUCAAGUUGUUAUCGCAUUAAGUGGAGGUGAGAUUAUAUACUUUGAAGUAGAUAUGACUGGACAGUUGAUGGAAGUUGAAAAGAACGAAAUGUCGGGUGACGUGGCAUGUUUGGAUAUAGCUCCUGUCCCUGAAGGAAGACAAAGAUCCCGGUUUCUUGCAGUUGGAUCAUAUGAUAAAACCAUCAGAAUCUUGUCUUUAGAUCCUGAUGACUGUAUGCAGGUUUUAAGCUUACAAAGUGUCUCUUCACCUCCUGAAUCACUUCUGUUUCUUGAAGUUCAAGCUUCUAUAGGUGGUGAAGAUGGUGCAGAUCAUCCUGCAAGUUUGUUUUUAAACGCGGGUUUACAGAGUGGGGUUCUUUUUAGGACAGUGGUGGACAUGGUGACAGGUCAGCUUUCAGAUGCCAGAUCCCGAUUUCUAGGGCUUAGAGCUCCUAAAUUGUUUUCUAUUUUGGUGAGAGGGAGACGUGCUAUGCUUUGUUUGUCUAGUAGACCAUGGUUAGGUUAUGUUCACCAGGGUCACUUUCUUUUAACCCCUCUUUCAUAUGAAACCCUAGAAUAUGCAGCUUCUUUUUCAUCCGAUCAAUGUGCUGAAGGUGUUGUUGCGGUUGCUGGUGAUGCUUUAAGGGUUUUCACAAUCGAAAGAUUAGGUGAAACUUUUAAUGAAACCUCUAUUCCUUUAAGAUACACUCCAAGAAAAUUUGUGUUUCAUCCUAAAAAGAAACUUUUGGUGACAAUUGAAAGUGAUCAAGGGGCGUUUCCGGCAGAAUUACGUGAAAGUGCGAAAAAGGAGUGUUUUGAAGCAGCUGGUCAAGGGCAAAACGGUAAAAUGGAGAGUGAAAACGGUAAUGAUGAUGAAGAUAAAGACGACCCGUUAUCCGAUGAGCAAUACGGGUACCCGAAAGCUGAAGCGGAUAAAUGGGUAUCUUGUAUUAGGGUUCUUGACCCAAAGUCAACUGAAACUACUUGUUUAUUGGAGCUUCAAGAUGAUGAGGCAGCUUUUAGUCUUUGUACUGUGAAUUUUCAUGAUAAGGAGUAUGGGACACUUUUAGCUGUGGGGACAGCAAAAGGUUUACAGUUUUGGCCUAAAAAAUCUUUAGUUGCUGGAUAUAUUCAUAUUUAUAGAUUUGUAAAAGAUGGAAGGUCGCUUGAACUUUUACAUAAAACACAAGUUGAUGGGGUCCCACUUGCUUUGUGUCAGUUUCAAGGAAGAUUGCUUGCUGGAAUCGGAUCUAUUCUUAGGCUUUAUGAUUUGGGGAAAAGAAGGCUGCUUAGAAAAUGUGAAAACAAGUUGUUUCCAAACACCAUCAAUUCCAUUCAUACAUAUCGUGAUCGAAUCUAUGUGGGAGACAUUCAAGAGUCAUUUCACUAUUGCAAAUACAGACGCGAUGAAAACCAGCUGUAUGUAUUUGCUGAUGACUCUGUUCCAAGGUGGCUAACAGCAGCAUACCAUGUGGACUUUGACACCAUGGCAGGUGCAGACAAAUUUGGGAACAUUUACUUUGUUCGUUUGCCACAAGAUGUUUCAGAUGAGAUUGAAGAAGAUCCAACUGGUGGGAAGAUUAAAUGGGAACAAGGGAAGCUUAAUGGAGCUCCAAAUAAAGUCGAGGAGAUUGUUCAGUUUCAUGUUGGUGAUGUGGUCACAUGUUUGCAGAAAGCAUCUUUGAUUCCAGGUGGAGUGGAGUGUGUCAUGUAUGGAACUGUCAUGGGUAGUCUAGGGGCAUUAUUGGCAUUUAGCUCGCGUGAUGAUGUGGACUUCUUUUCACAUUUGGAGAUGCAUAUGAGACAGGAGCAUCCGCCUUUGUGUGGGAGAGACCAUAUGGCGUAUAGAUCUGCUUAUUUUCCUGUUAAGGAUGUGAUUGAUGGAGACCUGUGUGAACAAUUUCCGACAUUGCCCUUGGAUAUACAGAGGAAAAUUGCGGAUGAAUUGGAUAGGACUCCAGGAGAAAUUAUGAAGAAAUUGGAAGAAGUUAGAAAUAAGAUUGUUUAAGAUAAAGAUGAGAUGAUGCUAUUAUGAGUGCCAAAAGCAUAGGGUGACUAUACGAGGUUAAAUUGGAAUUGACUUUGAUUUUAUUAUAGCAGCCUUCCCUUCGCUUCUAUCUGUUAGAUGUUUUCUUGUAAUUAUACAUAUGUUUUUAUGGAAUUUACUCAAUUGUUUGUGAAUCCUUGUAGAAUCGCUACUUAUUUUAGUUCUGUGUUUUGUUAAAGAACCAAGGCUAAAGAUUUUGGCUCUGUAGUCUGUAGUGAAGUGCAUUUAUCUGUAACACUCUUUUUAAACCUUUUGAAUGGUGAUUAUUUACUUA